CGGGAAUGCUGUCGUCAGAUGUGGUAUUCGCCUAGCAACGCGGCUUGAAGUCUAGUGUCCUUGUUCUCGAUCUACACGACAGAUCAGCCAUGUCACGUGUGGAAGACAAUAUUUUGCUGACGACAGAUAGCUAUAAGAUCACACACCAUAUGCAAUAUCCACCAGGAACUACAACUGUUUAUUCAUACUUUGAGUCGCGAGGUGGUAAAUUUCCUUCAACCGUUUUCUACGGCUUGCAAUACAUCAUCAAACGUUGGCUAGUUGGUCAGGUGGUGACUAGAGAGAAGAUUGCUGAAGCCAAGGAGUAUUAUAAUAGUCACUUUAGGGAUGAUGUGUUCAAUGAAGCUGGAUGGUUGUACAUACUGGAGAAACAUGGUGGAUGUCUUCCUAUUAGAAUCAAAGCUGUUCCUGAAGGAAUGGUGGUGCCAUAUAGGAAUGUAUUAUUCACAGUUGAGAACACUGACCCAGAAUGCUUUUGGUUGACCAACUUCUUAGAGACCUUGAUGGUGCAGGUUUGGUAUCCUAUGACUGUUGCAACUAACUCGAGAGCACAAAAAGAAAUAAUUGCUAGGUAUUUGGAUGAGACUGCUGAUACAUUAGAUGGACUUCCAUUCAAACUGCAUGACUUUGGAUUCAGAGGUUGUACUUCUGUUGAGUCAGCAGGAAUUGGAGGGUCAGCUCAUCUUGUCAACUUUCAAGGAACAGACACCAUAGCAGCUCUAAUUUAUGCCAAACAGUAUUAUGGCUGCCCUAUGGCUGGCUAUUCCAUUCCAGCUGCUGAACACAGUACUAUCACAACUUGGGGAAAAAAAGGAGAAAUUGAUGCAUUUCGAAACAUGCUUGAGAAGUUUCCGUCAGGUCUUGUUGCUUGUGUUAGUGACAGCUAUGACAUCUGGAAUGCUUGUGAAAACUACUGGGGAAAGGAGCUGAAAGAAGCAGUUAUUGAACGAGGAAAGCUUGGGACACUAGUCGUACGGCCUGAUUCAGGAGAUCCAAAAACAGUUGUAGUGAAAGUGUUAAACAUUUUAGAAAAGAGUUUUGGAACAAGUCGAAACGGCAAAGGCUAUAAACUGUUGCCUUCUUAUAUUAGGAUCAUUCAGGGUGACGGCAUCAGCUAUGAGUCUCUUCAAGGCAUAUUGGAGGCAUUAAAGGUUGCUGGUUGGAGUGCAGACAAUAUAGUGUUUGGAAGUGGAGGGGCACUUCUACAACGUAUUGAUCGAGACACAGAGAAAUGUGCCUUUAAGUGUUGCUUCGCCGAAGUGAAGGGAAAGAGUAUCAAUGUGUAUAAAGAUCCAAUAACUGAUAGAGGCAAAGUAUCUAAGAAAGGGCAUUUGACGCUUGAGUAUGACAAAGGACACUUCAAAACUCUUCAGGAGGGCAAAGGGGAUCCAGCAAAGGAUAUGUUGGUAACCGUCUUUGAAAAUGGGAAGCUGGUGAAAGAAUAUAGUUUUGAUGAAGUUCGAGAAAACGCUGAACUGCCAUUAGUGAAAAAAAAACGGGCAGCCAUGGUGACUUCCUGACCAGAGAUGUGGGAAUAAUUUUGCUUGCAGCAAAUUGUUCUUACUUAGUUGGCAAUACUAGUCUACUUACUAGAUUCAUGUGACUCUUUUAUAUUGUCUUGCUGUUGUGUGUAGUGCUAGAAAAGCGUAAGAUAGAUACUCUCCAGAUUUCAGAUUGUUUCAUAAUUUUGUUUAAGAAUAAAUUGAAAUCUGUUUUGCUUUCAUCGGGAGAGGAUCGAGCAAUAUACUUAUGGUUUACU